GCCCCAGUUUCCUUCCCCCGCCCCACCUCUUCGCCCCUCCUCUCCCUAAUUCCCCUCUCCUCCCCUUUCCCUCCCUUCCCCUCCCCCUCGGCUCUGACCGAGCGGGCCACCGUCCGUCUAGUACCGUCCUGGAGAAGGCGAAGCGGGUCGGGUGUGAGUGUGUGCCUGUGUGUGUGACGAGAGGGGGAAGCCGUCUCUGCCCCCCUAAGAUGGUGUCGGCGGCCGCCGAGGGAAGGCAGAAGAGGCCGGAGGCGGCGGCUGCGGCGGAGGCGGCGGCGAGCUCGGAAAGGACGCGGAGGCCCCUGCCGCAGUGCCGGGGUCCGGGCUGGGGCCGGGGCCGGGGCCGGGCAGCGGCAGCGGCGGUGGUGACGGGGAGGGCGAGGAGCGUGUGGCUCGCGCCCGGCCCGAGGUCUUGGCCGUUCCUUCGGCCCCCAUCAGCGCCGCCGCUGCUGCUGCCGCUGCUGCUGCUGCUGCUGCCGCUGCCGUUGCCGCUGCCACGGGCGGCUGAGGCGGCGGCCGCUGCGGCCGCAAUGUCUGGUUCGGCCAUCGCCGAGGCCAAGGAGUGCGACCGGCCCUGCGUGAACGGCGGCCGCUGCAACCCGGGCACGGGCCAGUGCAUCUGCCCGGCCGGCUGGGUGGGCGACCAGUGCCAGCACUGCGGGGGCCGCUUCAGGCUGACUGGAUCAACAGGCUUUGUGACUGAUGGACCUGGAAAUUACAAAUACAAAACAAAGUGUACAUGGCUUAUUGAAGGACAGCCAAAUAGAAUACUACGUCUUCGCUUCAAUCAUUUUGCUACAGAGUGUAGUUGGGACCACUUAUAUGUUUAUGACGGGGACUCCAUCUAUGCCCCAUUAGUAGCUGCCUUUAGUGGGCUGAUUGUUCCUGAGAGAGAUGGCAAUGUGACUGUCCCUGAAGUGGUAGCCACCUCUGGAUAUGUUCUGCUGCACUUCUUCAGUGAUGCUGCCUAUAACUUGACUGGAUUUAACAUCACAUAUAGUUACGACAUAUGCCCCAAUAACUGUUCUGGUCGAGGAGAAUGUAAGUUUAGUAAUAGCAGCAAUACUGUCAAAUGUGAGUGUUCAAAAUAUUGGAAAGGAGAAUCAUGUGAUAUUCCUUACUGUACAAAUGACUGUGGCUACCCAGAUCGAGGCUUCUGCAAUUCAAGUGAUAUUAGAGAAUGCUCCUGCUUCCCAAAUUGGCAAGGACCUGGCUGUGCAAUUCCUGUGCCAGCUAAUCAGUCAUUUUGGACUCGGGAGGAAUACUUUCAGCCAAAGCUCCCUAGAGCAUCCCACAAAGCUGUUGUCAAUGGUAACAUAAUGUGGAUUGUUGGAGGUUAUAUGUUCAACCAUUCAGAUUACAACAUGGUUCUGGCGUAUGACCUUGAUGCUGGGGAGUGGCUUCCACUGAACCAAACUGUAAAUGAUGUGGUUGUCAGAUAUGGUCAUUCUUUGGCAUUGUACAAGGACAAAAUCUACAUGUAUGGAGGAAAAAUUGACUCAACAGGCAAUGUGACAAAUGAGUUGAGGGUGUUUCACAUUAAAAAUGAAUCCUGGGUUUUAUUGGCCCCCAAAGCAAAGGAGCAGUAUGCAGUGGUUGGGCACUCAGCACACAUUGUCACAAUGAAAAACGGCCGAGUUGUGAUGCUGGUCAUCUUUGGCCACUGUCCUCUCUAUGGCUACAUAAGCAAUGUGCAAGAAUAUGACAUUGUAACAAAUACAUGGAGUAUUUUACACACUCAGGGUGCUCUUGUGCAAGGAGGUUAUGGCCACAGUAGUGUUUAUGAUGCCAAGACAAAUUCCCUCUACAUACAUGGCGGUUAUAAGGCUUUCAGUGCCAACAAAUACAGACUUGCCGAUGAUCUUUACAAGUAUGAUGUGGAUACUCAGAUGUGGACCAUUCUUAAGGAUAGCCGUUUUUUCCGUUAUUUGCACACGGCUGUAAUAAUCAGUGGAACCAUGCUGGUAUUUGGAGGAAACACACACAAUGAUACCUCUAUGAGUCAUGGUGCCAAGUGCUUUUCAUCAGAUUUCAUGGCCUAUGAUAUUGCUUGUGAUCGCUGGUCAGUGCUUCGAAGACCUGAUCUUCAUCAUGAUAUUAACAGAUUUGGCCACUCAGCAGUCUUGUAUAACAGCACUAUGUAUGUAUUUGGAGGUUUCAACAGCCUUCUGCUCAGCGAUAUCCUGAUGUUUACAACAGAAAGGUGUGAGGCAUAUGCAAGUGAGGACUCUUGUGUAGCAGCAGGACCUGGAGUUCGAUGUGUGUGGAACAUGAAUUCAUCUGAGUGUAUCCCUUGGGAAUCAGCAACUGAAGUGCAAGAAGAGAAGACCAGAGCAGAAUGCUUUUCAAAAAGAACUGCGGAUCAUGACAAGUGUGAUCAGCACACAGACUGUUACAGUUGUACAGCCAACACAAAUGACUGCCAGUGGUGCAAUGAUCAUUGUAUCUCCAUGAACAGUAAUUGUACUGAAGGCCAGGUUUCUAUCUCCAAAUAUGAGAAUUGUCCAAAGGAUAAUCCAAUGUAUUACUGUAACAAGAAGACAAGUUGUAAAAGCUGUGCCAUGGAUCAGAACUGCCAGUGGGAACCCAGGAAUCAAGAAUGUGUUGCUUUGCCUGAAAAUAUCUGUGGUCCUGGCUGGCAUUUGGUUGGAAAUUCGUGUUUAAAAAUUACAACCGCAAAAGACAAUUACGACAACGCUAAAUUGUCCUGCAGAAACAUGAAUGCCUUACUGGCUUCUCUCACUACCCAGAAGAAGGUGGAAUUUGUUCUUAAACAGUUGCGCUUAAUGCAGUCAGCACAAACGCUGUCCAAAACAACUUUGACCCCAUGGGUAGGGCUUCGGAAGAUCAAUGUGUCAUACUGGUGCUGGGAAGACAUGUCCCCAUUUACAAACAGCUUGCUUCAGUGGCUGCCAUCAGAACCAAGUGAUGCUGGAUUCUGUGGAAUCUUGGCAGAGCCUAAUGCCAGGGGCUUGAAGGCUGCAACCUGCAUCAAUCCACUUAAUGGCAGUAUCUGUGAAAGGCCUGCCAACCACAGUGCCAAACAGUGUCGGACUCCCUGUGCCUUGAGGACAAUGUGUGGAGAGUGUACCAGUGGGAGCUCAGAGUGCAUGUGGUGUAGUAACAUGAAGCAGUGUGUGGAUUCGAAUGCUUAUGUGGCUUCUUUUCCCUUUGGCCAGUGUAUGGAGUGGUACACCAUGAGCAGUUGUCCCCCGGAAAAUUGUUCUGGUUAUUGUACUUGUGGCCACUGUUUGGAGCAGCCUGGCUGUGGCUGGUGUACUGAUCCAAGCAACACCGGUAAGGGAAAGUGCAUUGAGGGCUCCUACAAAGGGCCGGUGAAGAUGCCGUUCCAGGCACCCACAGGGAGUUACUACCCACAACCACUUCUUAAUUCUAGCAUGUGUCUAGAGGAAAACAGAUACAACUGGUCUUUCAUCCAAUGUCCAGCAUGCCAAUGUAAUGGACACAGUAAAUGUGUCAAUGAAAGCAUCUGUGAGAAGUGUGAGAACCUGACAACUGGCAAACACUGUGAGACCUGUAUAUCGGGCUUCUAUGGUGAUCCUACCAAUGGAGGAACAUGUCAGCCUUGCAAGUGUAAUGGUCAUGCUUCCCUGUGUAAUACAAAUACAGGCAAGUGUUUCUGUACCACCAAAGGAAUCAAAGGAGAUGAAUGCCAAUUAUGUGAAGUAGAAAAUCGAUAUCAAGGAAACCCUCUCAAAGGAACAUGUUAUUAUACACUUCUUAUUGACUAUCAGUUCACCUUUAGUCUAUCCCAAGAGGAUGACCGUUAUUACACAGCUAUCAAUUUUGUGGCUACACCUGAGGAACAAAACAGGGACUUGGAUAUGUUUAUCAAUGCCUCAAAAAACUUCAACCUCAACAUUACUUGGGCAACAAGCUUUGCAGCUGGGACACAAGCUGGAGAAGAGAUGCCUGUUGUUUCAAAAACCAACGUUAAAGAGUACAAAGAUAGCUUCUCCAAUGAGAAAUUUGAUUUCCGUAGUCACCCAAAUAUCACUUUCUUUGUUUAUGUCAGCAAUUUUACCUGGCCAAUCAAAAUUCAGAUUGCGUUCUCUCAGCACAGCAACUUUAUGGACCUGGUACAGUUCUUUGUGACUUUUUUCAGUUGUUUCCUCUCUUUGCUGCUUGUGGCUGCUGUGGUUUGGAAGAUUAAGCAAAGCUGUUGGGCUUCAAGGCGGAGAGAGCAACUUCUUCGUGAGAUGCAGCAGAUGGCCAGUCGUCCCUUUGCUUCCAUCAAUGUUGCCUUGGAAACAGAUGAAGAACCACCUGAUCUUAUUGGAGGAAGCAUAAAGGCUGUUCCCAAGCCCAUUGCAUUGGAGCCCUGUUUUGGCAACCGAGCAGCAGUCCUGUCAGUGUUUGUGAGGCUGCCUCGGGGCCUGGGAGGAAUCCCCCCACCUGGACAGUCCGGACUUGCUGUGGCCAGCGCACUGGUGGACAUUUCUCAGCAGAUGCCAAUUGCUUACAAAGAGAAAUCGGGAGCCAUGCGAAAUAGGAAACAGCAGCCACCUGCACAGCCUGGAACCUGCAUCUGAUGCUGGAGCAUGAGGACUGUCCCUGUAAGGGUUUUAACACACAAGAACAGUUGGAAAGGGAGGGAGGGUGGGGGGAGGGAGGGCCACAGAUUUUACAGUCACGGUGCAAGCAACUGGAGAUACUUGGAGAAGGCAGCGUCCUUGACCCCAACCUUGUCUGCAUGGUCGUUUGCUUUGUCUGACAGUUGCUCCAGUUUGUGUUCCAGAGUCCACCCUUUUCUUUCUCGUCAGAUUCGUUUAAUUUAAUUACAGGUCCAAUAAUGAUCUUGUCAUCAUUAUGGGAAGUCAGUGUAAAUAAAGCCAGGAGAACAGUUAGGAAUGAAUGACACUCAGGUUUACACAUGGAGAACUGUUCCUGGGGACUUGUAUUUCUCAACUGUGCAAAAAAAAAAAAGAUGCAGUGUUUACAGGUAAAUGUUAGUCAUCGAUAACUCACCAAUGCAGGCUUUUAGGGAACCUUCAGGUGAAGUCACUUAAUUUUCAUCUGAAGCGUAUUUUCUCUUUAAAAAAAUGCUGUUUAUUCUUGAACCAUCUAGGCAGAUAUCUCUCUUCCAUAGAGUGGUAUUUUUCUAGUUGAGAAUUAUUUAUAGUCCAUCUCUUUGGAAUCAUGUCAAAAUAGAAUAGAAUGAGACUAUUUUAAUAUAAAGAGCAGAAAUGUCACUUGGAAAGAAUGCAGAUUAUUGUGGUUUUCUAAGGAAUCUUGGUUAAUAUAGUCUUAACCCAUUUAGAACACACACAUGUGCACACACACACGAAGUGCCUAGACUUUAAAUAGAUCUAGCAAUUGGGAAAUUAGUAUACAUAGGUUUUUACAUAAUUGCAUUCCUAUAUUCCUGUAAAAUUUAAAUGGUUACCCUAAGCAAUCUGUGCUCUUUUCUAAAACCUAAUUUGCAGCUAGGAAAGAUGAUGGAAUAUUCCCACCUAAGGACAUGCUUAACCUGGGAGCAGUACCUGGAAGGGAAAGUAGAAUUGAGCUACAAUAUCCUAUGUAAAAGCUGCUGUUCUCACCUCUUGUCAUAAGUCAAAGGUGUGUAAAUGUGGAGUGUCCCUUGUGUGUGUCCCAUCACCUUUUAGGUUUCAACUUUAGUGUUUCUCUUGACCCUUCUGUUCUUACUCCCAGGGCACAGAAGUGGAGGUUAUUCAUCCUCUACAUCCACCAAGGGGGUAAAGAGAAUUGGGGGCACCCCAUGGGUAUUCUGGGAGUAAGACACAGCUCCGUUAUCCUGUGUCCAUUUCCAUUAUAACCUCAUCUGCCUUGAGUGUCUGUUUCCUUCAGGGUCUAGGCUUGUGGACUCAGAUGUCUGUCUGGAGAAAGGCACAAUCCCUGAUGGGAUUCUCUUCAUUUCACUUCAGGUGUGUCUAGGGCCUUUUGCUUGAGCCUAUAGGUACAAAUAUGAAAUAAGACAGAGGCCCUAGCAUUAGGGACCUUAAAAUCUAAUUGGAAGAUUGAGACAUAGGCUCAAAUAAAUAUAGUACAAUGUAGAAUGUGGUAGAGGAGAAAGAGAAAUUCAGACACCCCUAUAGAAAAGCGCAAGGAGGAGGAAGUCACUUUCAGCUGGGGCUUCCACCAAGGGCCAAAGCCCAGAGCCUGCCAUGAUAUGCCGGAGGGGAAAGAAGACAUUUGCCUUCUUUAUCUUCAGCAGAAACGUCCCCACCUCAUCUCCCCAGUUGUGAGUGACUCUCUUCACCAACUAGAGCCCAUGAGAAAAAUUAAUAGAAAAUCAGCACUUCUAGAAGUCUAAAAAGGAGAAACUCAGGUUUGCCAAAUAAAGUGAGCAAUAGAGAAUAAUUUUAAGAGGGGCAGGAGGAAAGAACUCUUAGAAACUGGAAGUACUGCAUCUUUUUUUCCCCUCAUUUUCUUAUGCUCUGUCUCUUAGUAUCUAUAACAGCCAGUGGGAAAAGUAUACCCCCACUGCAUCAGCAAGGCCUAGGCUAUGACACUGGACUAGAAGAAUUUCUCUCCCAACUUCAUCUCAGAACAACUAACUACAGUGGUGAGGGAGGUAUACCUUUGAGCAUUUGGGGAGCCUAAGACCUGGGAGAACAACUGUCUUAUGGAUUUUUCUCUUUGAGACACAUCCCUGAUGAAAUGCAGUGAUAAGAGAGAGCUUUUUUCUCUUCUUCCACCCUUAUAAUUCUAUUCUAUAUCCCAGUGGCAAGAUCCCCAUGAAUGCUUUUUCCAUAGUUUUUUGGGGGGAAAAAAACCAACAACACUAUCUAAUGUACCAAUGAAUUACCUCCAAUAGACUCAGUUCUCCAAGAAUGGACACUCCCCUUCACACAAUACUGACCAAGAGUAAGGGUAUAUAACCUCUGAAGGUCCCUUUCAACUCUAACUCUGGGUAUCCAGGUGAACCCUGAGAAGGAGACCCCACAGCCCCCUCUGCUUUAGAUUGUCCAUCCAACUUUCCCAGGAGGUGCCAUUUAUGUAAAGACCCUAAAAGUGAUCCAGGCCUGUUUUAGGAGUGAGGAAAGAGGCUGUGGGAGCUGCCUCUUACAAGGAAGUAACCUCAGCAUUGGCUCUGAGGACUGCUUUUCCCUUUGCUAAGAUAUUCUUCUCUUUGCCUCUCCCCCACCCCUUCCAAUCCCCACCCCAAAGUCGUUGUUGGAAAAGUCCUGAACAGUGAGUGAAUGUCAGCCACAGAGGGGCUUAACUGGCCAGUUCUUCAGUGACUUAAAGGAGAGUGUGCAAAAGAUGGCAGGAAGUAGAAGGCAAGGUUGAACUCAAGAACUAUCAAAAGCAAGGCAAGCAGAGCCCUGCAACAGACCAAGAAUAUGAACCACUUCUUUCAGGGAACAGCCCUCCUGGAAGUCUUAUCUCUGCAGAAAUGUGGAUUGUCUGGGCUGUUGACAUGUCUGUGCCACACACCUGCUACCUUCUGCCAACAGCUAAAUCCAGACUUAAAGGUAAACUAGAAUGGGGAGAAGCCAAGCCUUAUGAGACUUGUGUAUCUCACUUCUAAGCCAGCUUCCCAGUGGAAACAGUCCUGUGGGUCUUGGGCCAUGGGAAGAGGCCCAUAUAUCGUCAGAGAGCCUGUGAUUGAAUGAAAACCGUUUUAAUAACACAGCUAAAUACAGUAGCAUCUUGUGCAAAAUGAAAAUGCAUAUAAAAUAGAGAAACUGCUCAUGUAUUUUUGAUGCAUUUUAAAUUAUGCCUGAAUUUUGUCUUAAUACCAUGCCCCAAUGCUAAGCACUGGGUAUCUUUACAGAGCUCAGAGAAGUCAGCCAAUUAGAUCCUGAUGCUCUGCCAAAAUAUCCCCAAUGUGUUGAUGCAUUUAAAUGCAACUCAUUUCAAUGAAAUAUACAGAAUAUCUCAAAACAAAGCUUUUCUUCUGCCUAAAAGAAUGAAUGCAGCUGUUCCUUAAGGGAAUGUUAAAAUGAAGCAUGUUUAGCCUCUUCAGAAUUGGCCCAAAUCUCUAUUUGCAGGGGGCCUUGGCUUCAGGGUUUGGAUGCCCUGCAUUUCAGCCCUAGAAAUAUUUCCCUUGGUUUUAAUAGUUGAAAGAUUAUGAGACAUGGUAACAAAUAUUCCAGAGCCAUGUCUCAGAUGGUUGAAAUUUGUGGUCAUGGCUUCAUUUAGGUUUCUAAUGGAAAAUUUCUAGCCUUUUAGUUUAUAUGAUGCCUUCAGGCACUGAAAAACAAGAGUUAUUUUUAUUUGGUUAUUUUGUUUGCAAAUAGCUCCCAUUUUUCCAAACAAAAAUUUCACAAAUGUUUGUAUCCAUUAUGUGCAGCAGCAAGCAACACCCCUGCUCACUAGUUUCCUCUCUUACUCCUUCUCAUAUCCUUAUUUCUCUAGGAACCUGCAGUCUGUUCUGUGGAUACAGAGAGACUGAGGUCCCUUCCAAACCUCCCCAAGGUCCAUCUGCCCAAGAUCAGGCUAACUUGAUUGCUGUGAGAUGCACUGGAAGAGAAUCAUGGGCCAACAGGUUUGGCCAGGUCAUGUAUGCAGGGGAGAAAAAUGGCUGGGCAGGGAGGUCUGUGGGGUAAAGGGGAAUCACAAUACUGAGUCACUAAACCUGGAAUUGUCAGGAAAGCUUCUUCUAGACUCUCUUCUGGGCAAGUUGUUAUUGGCACAGUGUAAGUCAAGUCACAUGUACUAAUAAUUCAAGUUGCGGGGCAGGCGGGGUUCUGCCAACUAAGCACACAGUAAAAGCAAAGAAGAGUCGGGUUUUAACUUCCUCACCUUUAUCAGCCAUGCAUUCCCAUAGCAAGUGAUGUGACCCUGAUGGAAGAAGAGCAAUAUGUUCCCUGUAGCAGGACGUCUCGAAGGAGAGGCUGUGUGACAGCAUGGAUGGUGAGGGAGGGGCUUCCAGAGAGGAUUUUUGCCCCUCUGGAGGCUGGACUAGAUGCUCUCUGGUUCGGAGAGUCUAUUCAGGAGAAAGGUCAGCAACCAAACUCUAGAACUGACUUUCCUUCCAACUGUUCUAGAGGCCAGAAUCAAGGGCAGAGAUGUGAACAGAGGCAAGAAAUAGGCUGAUCAGAGGCAAAUUGUGCUCAGGAUAGUUGCUAUCUCUUCCACUUUGGGGCCCAAAUGACAGUUGCCCAAUCUACUGAACUUUUCUUAAACAAUAAAAAUUCUUGUGCAUGUCUUCCAGGUACUGUAAUUAUCCCUGAGAGACAUUUCCCCCUGAUUAGUAAUUCACAUGAAUAAAAGCUCUGCCAGGGAGGAAAAACUGUGUAAUAGCCUGUAAAAUCUGUCAGUCUACCCUUUUCAAAGAAAUCCUGAGAGAGAUUCCCACUUAUUCUGAAUUUGGACCUAGCACACAUUAACACUAGUGAAACCUAUUUCCUUGAACUAAUUCUGUCUUUGGAAACUCCUUGGGUCUGCAGUUAUUUCCAGUUCUGUGUUCAAACUCCAGCUUAGUUUGUUAAUAUGUAUAAUUUAGCAUUGAUUGCACUCAUAUGUAAAUACGGAAUAAGUAUUGUAAACUAUUUCAUUGCUGGGGAUUGUGGGGGUUAUACAUACACAAGUUAAGACUGCAACUUUUUGGUAUUUUUUUGUAUUGUAAGAUAACAGCUAAUUUAAGCCGGAACAAGAGAAUUCUGGGAGGUCUGUGCAUUUUAAACACAAAUGUGAAGUACAUGUAUAUAAACAAAAAGUAAAUACUGUAAUACAAAAUUUCCUUCGGAAAUAAAAGUAGAAGAUCUGGUUAAA